CAAUUCAGUCGUCGAACACCUGUGCUAAUGUCAAGAACAGAAAGAGAAACUUUAGUCUUGCAUAAAAAUGAACCAAAAGAAUAUUAUCAAAAGAAUAAUGGCGCAAUAUUCCGAAAACAAUGUAAAAUCAAAACUGUAAUAUUCACUAUAACUUUAGUUGGUAACAUAAGUCUUAUAAUCUGGUUAUAUACCGAACAUACAGUACCGGAACUUAAUCAAUAUCGUUUAGUGAAAUCUUAUGAUCGACCAUUUACGAAAAAUGAAACAAAUAGAACCCAGUUUAUUCUACUGUGGAAUGCAUUCUUUGAAAAUAAACGUUGGUGGUUACCCAAUGACUUCAACGAUCCCACAUUUUUUCACAAAACAAUCAAUUGUCCGGUCUUCAAUUGUAUAGUAACCAAUCAGAGAGAUACAUUGCCUCAUGUGGACAUGUAUGACGCCAUUGUUUUUCAUACUGCUCGGCCUUUUACGGCUAACGAAACCAUACCCAAUUACAGGUCUUGGAGACAAUUAUAUGUUUUUGCUCUUAUGGAAUCUCCCUGUGAAACUAAACAUAAUUUAAAUGUUGAAAGUAAUUUUUACAAUUUAACCAUGACCUACCGCAUGGAUUCGGAUAUAUUAUGGCCUUACAAUUGGUUUUUCGAUAAGGAAACUGGUAUGCGUAUCAUACCAGCUGAAUAUCCUCGAUGGCGUUCGGUUCCUAAUCGGUAUAACGAUACAACUAUAUGGGAUUUGUGGCCGCACAAGACAAAAAUGGCUGCAUGGUUUGUAUCACACUGUGAAACGUUAUCGCGAAGAGAGAAACUAACUGAAGUAUUACAGAAAUAUAUGGAAGUUGAUGUGUUUGGAAAGUGUGGACCAAAGAGCUGUCAAACAGGAUCGACCGAAUGUGAUAGAAUUCUAGAUGAAAAUUAUAAAUUUUAUUUUUCUUUUGAAAACUCCCUUUGCACGGACUAUAUAACAGAAAAAGUGUAUAAUGUAAUGCGUCGAAAUAUUAUACCAGUAGUUUAUGGUGGAGCCAAUUAUGAACGUUUUCUUCCGCCACAUUCCUACAUCAAUGUCGAGGACUACGAGACUCCACAAGAUUUGGUAAAUUAUCUUAAGUACCUAGCGAAGAAUCCCAAAGAAUAUAUGCGAUAUUUUUGGUGGCGUCAAUAUUACGAAUUAAAAUCUCAUUCACCUUUUUGUGAUUUAUGUAAACGUUUGCAUCAACCGAAUUAUUUUGUAAAGACACAAACUUAUGAAAAUAUUAAAAAAUGGUGGAUGGACGGUAGUUGUCGUUCUAGGGCACGUUUAAAAUUUUGAAUUCCAAUAUACGAAUUGUUUAGUAAUUAAGAGAUUUCUGUUGUUGUAAAUAUUUGAUAUAAAACGUUACAAAACAUGUAUUGUUUAAUGUUCUCAUUAUUUUAUAGUUAAAAUUUUUUAAUUUAUUUUUGUAAUAAAAAAAUUACUUUUUGUUAAAAA